AUGUAUAAAUUUCCCGUUUUCCUUCUCGUCCUUCUCAUCGUCCUCAUUUUUACCACCUCGUCUACCCCUCAAAUCUUAGCUUCUCAACCGCACCUUGAUCAUUGUUUAUUCACUUACAAAAAACGGUUUUACAUAUACAGUGGUUCCAACUUAAGAUACAUCCAGACACCCUUUUCUGUAAACACGCUCAAUUGGGCCCCAAUUAGCGCCAAAAAAAUCGACCAACCGGCGUGUUUUGUUACUACACCAGAAGGAAUCUUAGAUGUGACAGAUAGAGCGAAUGGUUCCAGUUUCCGAGCACUUGAUCUGAAUAAAGAACAAACUCCUCUUUGGCAUACUGAAAAUUACAAAGUGGAUACUGAAUAUUUGUCAGCUAAGCCCAUUGAUGUACCAACCUCAGAGGGUAAACAAGUGUUUAUUUUUAAAGGGGUUCAGCCGGGCAAUGAUUCUAUAGACAAUUCGGUUUGGAAAGCUAUAUCUAAAGGGAAUGAGACUAACCCGCCAAACCGGCAAUUUACGUUUGCACAAUUGGCCGAUAGCGAUGUUUUCAUUACUUAUUACGGAAAUGAUAGCAUAGCCGCAUUCAACACAACUCAACGUGCUUGGGUUACUGAAGUCAAUGACGUAAGCGAUGCGGCCAACGAUCUGUUCUUCGUUGUUGCACCUACCCCUACCCCUACCCCUAUCAUAUUCACCAGCGGACCCCCUAAUGAACCUGCCAACGGAACCACUGAUGAACCUGCCAGCGGACCCCCUAAUGAACCUGCCAGCGGACCCACUAACGACUCAACGAACGACAAUGGAUCCAAGACCAACCCCGGACCAAAAUCUUUACCGAAAAUAAUUCCUGGAGUAAUUGGAAUAAUAGUGGUUCUAGCAUUCACGGUUUUGGGCUUGUUGCAUGGCCGGAUAAAAAAUGAGGGAAAAAAUGAGCAAUUGUCAAUCGUGGAAACAGAAACAAGUUCUCAGGGAAACAGUUUAGAGAUCUGUCAAUCAUCUACACUUGAAGUGUCUGGGCAUCGAAAUGAACAUUAUUCAUUUUUAUCCGAUAAUACUAUUACUAUGGAUGACAAUUCACUGAUUUAUCAACCCAAACUUGAAGUAGAUAGUUUGCACAUUGAGCAUUGUUCAUUUUUGUCUGACACUACUGCAGUAUCUAUAUCCAAUUUCUCAACAUCUCCAACUUCACAUGGUACGGGGAAACUGAAUUCCACUCCCUCUCCAUCACUACCAUUUAUAGACUGGCUCUAUACUCAAUAUGAAGUGACAACUAGUACAUUCACUGCUUCAUCCACGUCUUUGAUACUUCCAUCAGUUCCAUCAGGCACGAAAAUAUUCAACAAGUACAAACUCAGCGGAAUGUCAACGCACGGCGUCAACAAUGCUGUUCGUCGUGCAGAGGAUGAGACUGUGGGUGAAAACGUGGCCGUAAAGUUUUUCAAAAAAAAAGAUUCAUUCGAACGCGAGGUUGUCAUGCUGAAGCAUCUUCGAUCGGAAUUUGUUUGUGCAUUGCGGGAUAUAUUCGAUAUUUCCAAUCCCACUGACUGGAAAUAUGUUACAGUCAUGGACUAUUAUCCUAUGAGCUUGGAUAACUUUAUCGUUAGCCGUACCGAGACUAUGUCUAAAGUAUGUGUGAAGGAAGUGGUAGAGUCAUUAGCAGAAGCAAUUCAGUAUGUUCAUGAUCACCGAAUAGUGCAUCUGGAUAUUAAGCCGGGAAACUUUGUCCACGAAAUUGGAGAAUUUUCGAACAAGUGGAGAUUGAUUGAUUUUGAAGCGGCGAGGGUUGAUGGAGAAGAGGAUGUUGAUAGCACCACAUUAAAAUAUGCUUCACCUGAGAUAAUCAAUGCGGUUACAUUACGCACUAGUAUUAAAGCAAGUAAGUCGAUGGAUAUGUGGUCGUUAGGGUGCACAAUGUACGAAGCAUGUACUGGAAGCCCUCUCUUUUCGAAUGAGGAAGAGGCUUCUGUUAAAUUAUCUGAAGCAUACAACACGAAGCACUUGGAAUUACCUCUUCAUAACGUGGAAGAUAUUCAAGCGAGGCACGUGCUUGAAAAAUUGUUAGUCAUUGACCCUACGAAGAGAACUACAGUUGAUAACAUUUUAAAAGGAGCAUAUUUGAAAGGCGGGCCUGACAGUAUUCAGAUAUACAAUCUGCAGUCUGAAUCCGUUGAAGAAUUCUUGAACAUACUAAACGAGAAUACGAGCGUUGCUCAUUCCGACGUGCCAGAACGCCCACUAAUAUGA